GUGCAUCAAUCGGUGCGGAUCUGUACGGGAUCAGCCUUCAGCAGGCAAGCGUUAAGACACCGCAAAGGUGAAACGCGCGCACACGCACGCGCCACUUUGAAUUGUUUACGUCAAACGGUUUAAACCAUUUCAAGGAGAGCCGAGCGCACGCGGGAGAUCCUCAGCGGGCUUAUCGGAGCGAGCGAAGAGGAAAAGAGAAAGGCAGGAAGUGCAGCGUGUGAAAGCUGGGGAAGAUCUCCGGGGAUAGCCUGAUAUCCAGCGCGCACUCACAUCUCUAUUACAGUCCUCCUCGGUUUGGGUCUUUCUUCGGCCAUGGCUCGGGAGAACGGAGAGGCAGGCGGGGAUUGCUCGUGGAAGAAGCAGGUCGAAGAUAUCAAGGAUAUGUUUCAAUUCAAGGAGGUGCUCGGGACGGGUGCAUUCUCAGAGGUGGUCUUGGCUGAGGAGCGAGCCACAGGAAAGAUGUUUGCUGUCAAGUGUAUUCCUAAAAAGGCCCUGAAGGGGAAGGAGAGCAGCAUCGAAAACGAAAUUGCUGUUUUGCGCAAAAUCAAGCAUGAGAACAUUGUGGCUUUGGAAGACAUCUAUGAAAGCUCCAAUCACCUCUACCUUAUAAUGCAACUUGUGUCUGGAGGCGAGUUGUUUGACCGGAUUGUGGAGAAAGGUUUCUACACAGAAAAAGAUGCCAGCACACUCAUCAGACAAGUACUAGAUGCUGUAAACUACCUCCACAAUAUGGGCAUCGUACACAGAGAUCUCAAACCAGAGAAUCUGCUUUAUUUCAACCCUCAAGACGGCUCAAAGAUCAUGAUCAGUGAUUUUGGCCUGUCUAAGAUGGAGGGCACCGGAGAUGUCAUGUCCACGGCCUGUGGAACGCCAGGAUACGUGGCUCCAGAGGUUCUGGCACAGAAGCCGUACAGUAAAGCUGUUGACUGCUGGUCUAUUGGAGUAAUUGCCUACAUCUUACUGUGUGGUUACCCUCCCUUUUACGAUGAGAAUGACUCCAAACUCUUUGAGCAGAUCUUGAAAGCUGACUAUGAGUUUGACACGCCAUACUGGGAUGAUAUAUCUGAUUCAGCAAAAGACUUUAUCAGUUGUUUGAUGGAAAAAGACCCUGCAAAGCGAAACACAUGUGAACAGGCCCUUCGACAUCCCUGGAUCGCAGGGGACACAGCGCUCUGCAAGAACAUCCACGAGUCUGUCAGUCGACAAAUGCGCAAAAACUUUGCAAAAAGCAAAUGGAGGCAAGCCUUCAACGCUACGGCCGUGGUACGCCACAUGAGGAGACUGCAGUUAGGUAGUAGCAUGGGGAGCAGCAUGGAUGCAUCUAGCACCACCAACCAGAACCGCAUACUGAAUGCAAACCAGACUCCAACCCUACCGCCGAUCCAAACAUCAAACCAAACACCAAUUGUGACUGCAGCGCUUAACCAAAACCACAAACCUGCUCAGAAAGGAAAUACAGUGCUUAUCAACGACAUGGCAACAGGCACCAACUCUAAAGCACACAAAGACUGUACGGCACCUCCCCACACUUCUUGUUCUCUGGCAUCAGCUGCUUCCUCCACCACCUCAGGGGCGGAGCCCUGCAGGCCACUCCCCCCUUCUGUUGCAUCAGUUAGCACAGUGUUAACUGGGACCAAGUGACGCCAGAUUCUGCGGGGAGAGAGCUGGGAGGCCACUGCUCUGUAAGCCCCGCCCCUCAGCCCACUCCCUGCCCUGCCAUCGAAGGCAGAGGACUGAUCCAUCGCCAUAGCAACCACAGAGAGGCUAAAAAAAAAAAAAAAAACUGUUUGACCUCCAGGCCACUAGAGGGUGCAGUGCAUGCAGUGGCAGGCAAAUUCCGUCAGAAGGCUUCCAUUUAGAGAAGCAAAUUUAUGCGGCUGGACAAAACUGUGACGUUUAUGCUAUGAAUAUGCUAUAAACCUUGCUAGCCAUGUUACCUUGUGGAAAAAAAACAGAGAUGUUGAAAACUGCUGAAGUUGAAAAACUGCAGAGGUUUCAGUGCAAAAGUGUCUGCAUGAUUGUGUCCACCCUUAUAAGAGUGCGGCACCAAUGUCAAACAAUUCGUACUAUAUCUUAACACAUCUAGCUCUUCCUUCUUUCUCUGCCCUGAUUUCCCGGUUUACUUUAUCUGCUCACAAUUAUAUUGUAUUUAUUGUUAGCUACUAUUUCUGAUCUUUCGCAUUUUUUUCCAUGGAUUUGUCAUGCUGACCUGCAGAAGUGCUUUUAAAACCGUGUUAGACUGUUUUGCGACAUUUUGGAGUCGAGACUUUAUUUGUUUGCACAAAGGCUGUAAGAAAGAACGGUUAUCUUGAAUUACUGUAAUAUUACAGUAUACUCGGGUACGGAUGGGAGAUUAAUUUUUUGAGCCAUUAAGAUUGGAUUUUAGCAUCAUGAAGUUUAAGAUAUCUGUUAAAACAUGCAAUAUGUUUAAUUGUUAUCUUACUUUACUGGAAUUUUUUAAAACACAGGGACUGUAUGGAACAAUCGCAGUUUGAAGAAGCUUGUUCCUGCUAUUCUCCGAUUCAAAUGUUUCUUUGAAUUCCACAUACAGUCACAGUCAGUGUUAGAUUAUUGAAUAUAGUACAUAUGUUAAUACUCAACACACACACACACACACACACACAAUCUCCCAAAAAGCCAUGUCAGCGUCUCUACACCCAGUGCACGAGUUCUCAGGUAAUUCCGCACCUGCACUGGGCACCAUAGUGAUGGUAUCUAUCUUACUCCAUGGUUCAAGAUUGUCUCAUCCAGCCAGGAUAAUGUGAAGACUGUGGAUUAGGAUGAUGGACAGCUGUUUAAAUUUCCCACAGCGUUCUCAUAACGAUUUUAUGACAAUUUGACCUGGUGGAUAAACUGGUCAAAUUGUCAUACAAUCGUGUUUGACAAAGGGGACGUCUUUGUUUUAAAGACACUUGUGGAUAUAUUUGGCAUUACAUGUGCUGCCAUAGAAUUCAUUUCUGAGUCUGAAGUAGUAAACAAUACAAGGACUUUUUAGUGACUGUACACAUAUUUCCAGUAUAAUUCAAAGUGGCUGAAUUUAAAGCUUUGGUUUAAGGGCUAUUGUAAGUUAAGGAUUAUUCACUUCCUUGGAGAUGGGUGACUGGUUUCCUGUCCCCAGAUGGCUUUCAUAUCAUGUGAUGUUGGUUUAAAAGUGACUGAUGUCUUUGCCCUUUAUGAUUUGUCAAUAUCACAGGAGGAAAACUUGUCUACGGACGCAGGUGUUUAUAAGUAUGUGACAUUUUCCAAAGUGCCAUGGAAUAUCUUCAUGCAUUUUUCAUCAGUUUCAUCUUGAAUGUUUAUUUCAGUGUAGACAAAAAUGUGAUGCUUUUGGCUGUGCAUCCUAUGCGUGGUUAAAGCUAAUGGAUUUGUUUUUCAGUUAGGUCAUGCAGGCACCAUUUUGUCUUGGUUUUUUACCCACGAGAGGAGUUUGUAAUCUCAGAACAGAUAUACUCUGCAAAGCAUUUCGGAAAAUCACUUGGGCAAGAUUUAUGUUUUGUACAUUACGAAAUAUGUUUUGUUUGAGGUUGUGCUUAGAAAACUGCACAUUUAUGUUAAUACAUUGAGUCACAGUGUUAGCAUGAGGCAUUUGUUAAGUAAAAGUUGUUUAAAGAAAUACAAGUUAAGCUCUAUCAAUAUUAUCUGUGUCAUACUGUUGAUUACCACAAAAAUCAUUUCGACAUGUCCCUUAGUUUGUAAAGAUAAACAUAAAUCGUGGUCAUUUCCUAUGCCGUCUACAAGAAAAUACAUUUAGCAGAUUUCCAGAGCAUAAUUUAGGAGCUUUUAUUUUAAGGGGCCGUUCACAUUACAUGCAUUUUCGUAUCCAUCUGGGAUAUAUUUAAAUAGUUUUUCUGUGUAAACAUCUGCUAAACUGACAUCUUUGACUAUUGCGCUGCAUCUCACAUCACGUUUGUCCAUCAACUACAAUAUUUUUAUUGAAAAAAUUGAGAUGUGAGUAUUAAGGUAUCCAUGAUUGAACUUCUCUUGCUGAUACAUCAUGGCAGAUUAAGUCUUUAUUUCACUAAAACGUGUUUUGAAAAGUCAGUCAAAAGUCAUUGCGAUACGGAGAAAUGGCUUAAUGGACAGUUUUUUCAUUCUAUUCAGUCCAGAUUAUUUUAGUUACUAUUGACUAUUGGGUUUUGACUAGAACAUACAUUAUUUACAUUUUAUUUUGUUUCUAUUACAUUAAAUAGUUCUAAUUUUGAAGCUGUACAUGUUGCAGUAAUGAGAAAUGAAUCAGAAAAUUCAAAAAAAAAAUCUCAAAUAAAACAUGCAAGAUGGAGCUCAUGUAUAUAUAUAUUUAUUGUGUUCGACUUUCAGAAUAGAAUUUCAUUUUCACAUAGAAAUCCUCACUGCCACAGUUUCAUGAGAAUUACCCAUGAGCACUGCGUCUUUUUACAUGAUUCAUAAUUCCAGUGCGUGGAGUUUGCUUCAUGUACUGUAAGCAGUAGCCUACUUUAUGCAGACAUAACCAAAGAAGCUGAAGGAUUGCAUAUAAUUUUGCACAGAUGAAGUUAGUAAGCGAUUUAUCACACUACUCACCUGUUAAAACAUAUGAUGUUGAAGUCUUGUGGCGAUUCUUUUACUAUUCCAGUGCAAUGCCUUGUCUUAUAGCCUUCCAUUGUAAGUUAUUACAAACUGAGGCACAAGUUGAAAUUACUUUGUGGUAAUCAUCAGCAUGACUGAUUUUAUUGAUAGAUCUAAACUUAAAUUGAACCUGGAACAUUCCAAGUGUUUUUAGCUCAGUGUUUAUGUACUCUGUUUGUUCGCGUCACUUUCUUCAGUGUGUGAAUUUGAAUUUUUUUUAAGUGCAGAAAAUUUGUAAAACCAAACGUUGGGGGAUAUAUACACAUACACACACGUUACUAAAUUAAUGGAAAUGUAUAAUAAAGCAUAUAGUAAACACAUGCACACAUGUGCCAUGGCUCACACAUAACACACACAUUCUGACCAACAGUAACUGCAAUGAUGAACAGUAAGUAAAUCAAGGGUGAAUCUGAAUGAAAUCUCUUUUCUAUUUACUUAGAUUCUUGUAUCAUUGUCUGUGUCCAGAGGAAUCACUCUGUUUGUCCAAAGGCUUUGUAAAUAUAUUGUGAUGCGUCUACCAUGUUGUUCCCGAGGAGAUGAUAGGUCUGUCUGUGUGUGUGUUUGUGUUAGUUUUGUGUGUUCUCCUGAUCAGUCCUGUCUCUCAUGUUGUUCUCUAAAUGACACUGCCUUUCUCUGGAGUGCUGAUGCAGUUAUCUGACACAUACCUAAAUGUAAUACACACCCAGUGUUGGUGAUGUCACUUUGAUAACACACCUGUACAAUAUAUUUGAUUGACGGCCUGGCCCUCGCAACAAUUUGUCUUGCUCAAUGUUGUGUGUUCCAAGGAAACCAUGUUUAUAUUGUACAAAUUUCACACAAGCAACAUCUCUGUUCAAGAUCUACGGUGAAUAUUUAAUCGCUUUUAAUGCAACUUUCCGGAACAAUCCUUUCCCAACAUUAUCUGUUUUGGUACCAACUCAGGCAUCACUUUUGCCUCUUACGAUAAAAAAAAGCUGUGACUGACAAGUGUCUGUGCUACCCAGUAACUGUGCGGUUUUAAAACUCUUCCCUUGAAUGUUGACUUAUUAGUGAAUUACCGCGAGGCAUCGCGAGAGACAGAAAACACCUACAAACUUGCGACUGAAUUGAAUGAUUUUAUAAAUAAUUGCGAGCAUGUUAAAUGCGCUUUCUGAUUUAACAAAUUGUUUGAGUAUUUUCAGAAGUCCUCACCAUGUAACUAUAUGUAUGAAGAAAUAUAUAUUUAUAUACACUAAUCAGCCACAACUUUAACCCUGCCACACUGCAAAAAAAAUUCAGGAAUGGUUUGAGGAAUAUGACAAAGAGUUCAAGGUGUUGCAUUGGCCUCCUAGAUCUUAAUUCAAUUGAGCGACUAUGGGAUGUGGUGGACCAACAAGUCCGUUCCAUGGAGGCCUCGCCUCGAAACUUACAGGACUUAAAGGAUCUGCUGCUAACGGCUACCACAGGACACCUUCAGAGGUCUUGUAGAGUCCAUGCCUCAACGGGUCAGAGCUGUUUUGGUGGCACGAGGGGGACCUACACAAAUAUUAGGCAGGUGGUUUUAAUGUUGUGGCUGAUUGGUGAGUAAUAUAUACAUACAUACAUACACACAUACACACACACACACACACACACACACACGUAGUGUGUGUGUAUAUGUGUUUAAAAAAAUGCAACUAUGUCUUGUGAUCCCUGCAUCGCUGUCACAACCCUGUCAGAAAUAAAAGUUGCCCAGUGAAAUGUAAAUUAUAUACUCAUAUGCAUGUGACAAUGAUAAUCCAUAAUUUGGGAGUGGCAUACGAAUACUAACUUUACUGUGACGUGAAUCUUCUGUUCAUAUGGGGCUUGUAUAUCCAAUGCCUUUGACAAUCAUCUGCACAUAUCAGAGUUUAUAUUCCAUUGCUGUAAAGCAAUGGGGAAUUAAUAUUUUUUUUUUCUUUUCUUUUUCCUUAAAUAAAUCCUGAAUGAUCAUGAUUUGUCUUUCUGUACCAGUAAGAUUAAAAGACAAAAUGGUUUGUUGAUCUUCACAGGCAAGAUCCAUGUUGUCUUUCAUUAGUGGUCAGUCAGGCUGGACAUUGUCGGUCUCCCACUAUCUCAGUGCUUCAGGCUCUACCGCCUCUUACUGACUCAAAACAGACUGUCCAAGGAAAGAGACCAUGUGAAUGUCAUUCAAU